CUGCCCCGGCUCCGCCUGCCCUACCGCGAGCUUCUGGGCACCAACCGCUCUGUCCUCUUCUUCGGCCACCGAGGCUUCCUGGGCCUCCGCUCCCUCUACCUGGAUGAGUACCGUGACCGGCUCUUCAUCGGGGGGAAGGAUGUGCUCUACUCCCUGCUCCUGGACAGGCCCAGUGCAGAUGCCAAGGAGAUCUACUGGCCACCCCUCCCGGGGCAGACGGAGGAGUGUUUUCGGAAGGGGAAGGACCCAGGGACCGACUGUGCCAACUACGUCCGCGUCCUGCACCCCUACAACCGGACACACUUGCUGGUCUGUGGGACGGGCGCCUUCCACCCCGUCUGCGCCUUCGUCUACGUGGGGCACCGGGGCGAGCACACCUUCACCUUGGACCCCACCAGCGUGGAGACCGGCCGGGGCAGGUGCCCGCACGAGCCCAGCCGCGCUUUUGCCAGCACCGUCAUCGGCGGGGAGCUGUACGCCGGCCUCACCGCAGAUUUCUUGGGCCGCGACCCCGGCAUCUUCCGCAGCACGGGGACCCGCUCUGCCCUGCGCACGGAGGUGGACCAGCGCCUGCUCAACGACCCCAAAUUCGUGGCAGCCCACUUGAUCCCAGACAACGAUGACCAGGACAAUGACAAAGCCUAUUUCUUCUUCACGGAGAAGGUGGUGGAGGCAGACAGCAAGGAACACGCCAUCGUGAGCCGGGUGGCACGGGUCUGCGUGAAUGAUGCUGGUGGCCAGAGGGUGCUGGUCAACAAGUGGAGUACCUUCAACAAAGCCCGGCUGGUGUGCUCUGUUCCUGGUCCCGGUGGCAUUGACACCCACUUCGAUGAGCUGGAGGAUGUCUUCUUGCUGAGGACAAAGGAUGGAAAGAGCCCAGAGAUCUAUGCCCUCUUCAGUACCGUCAGCCACGUCUUCCAGGGCUCUGCUGUCUGCGUGUACCGCAUGGCCGACAUCCGGGAGGUCUUCAACGGGCCCUUCGCCCACCGAGAGAGCCCCCACCACCAGUGGGGCCCCUACGAGGGCAGGGUGCCCUACCCCCGGCCAGGCGUGUGUCCCAGCAAGACCACCAACCAGCCCCGACGGCAGUACGGCACCACCAAGGACUUUCCCGAUGAGGUGCUGCACUUUGCCCGUGCUCACCCCCUCAUGUACAAGCCCGUGUACCCCCGGCACCGCCAGCCCCUCCUAGUGAAGACUGACCUGCCCCACCGCCUGCGCCAGCUCGUGGUGGACCGGGUGGAGGCUGAGGAUGGGCACCAUGAUGUCCUCUUCUUCGGAACAGACGCCGGCUCGGUGCUGAAGGUGGUGGUCCUGCAGAAGACAAGCUUGGCCAUGACCGAGGAAGUUGUCCUGGAGGAGCUGCAGGUUUUUAAGGCGCCUGUGCCCAUCAUCCACAUGGAGAUCUCCGUCAAGCGUCAAACGCUCUACGUGGGCUCCAGCCUGGGGGUGGCCCAGGUACGGCUGCACCGGUGUGAGACCUACGGCACGGCUUGUGCCGAGUGCUGCCUGGCCAGGGAUCCCUACUGCGCCUGGGACGGCACCGCCUGCACCCGCUACCAGCCCUCUGGCAAGCGCCGCUACCGCCGCCAGGAUGUCCACCAUGGCAACCCUGUGCACCAGUGCCUGGACCAGAACCUGACCGUGGACGACUUUGAGAGCGUUGAGGAGAAGGUGCUUUAUGGGGCAGAGGACAACAGCACCUUCCUGGAGUGCACACCCCGGUCCCCACAGGCCAGUGUGCAGUGGUUCGUCCAGAGACCCCCCGACGAGCAGCGGGAUGAGGUGAAGACAGAUGAGCGGAUCCUGCAGACGGAGCAAGGGCUGCUCUUCCGCAAGCUGCACCGCCAUGACGCCGGUGUCUACUACUGCAAGACGCUGGAGCACGGCUUCACUCAGACGGUGGCCAAAACGGCCUUGGAGGUGAUCACCAGCGAGCAGCUGGCACACACAUUCCCCCGGGAGCGGGGGGACGAGCCCCCGCGCCCACCUUGCCCCGAGCCCCGGCUGGCGCCACAGGCUCCAAAAACCUGGUUCAAGGACAUCAUGCACCUCAUCAGCUCCCAAAACCUGCGGCGGGGGGAGGAGGACUGCACCCGCCUCUGGUGCGGCACCAGCCGCCCCCACCACCGCAAGGGCAAGCUGGCUCACACCAAGCAUGCCCUGGCCAGCAUGGACAUGGGCAAGAAGGGACGGGUGGCCAAAUCCCACGGCGAGAGGAACCGCGUGCCACGGCAAGCGGCAACCACUUAGAGAGGGCAGGGUAAUGGACGUGGGGUGGUUGUGGGUGAGGACCAGCUUCCCACACUGCUGGUGGCCCCAGAGGACUCCUGCCUUAGUGGGUGGCUUCCAGUGGUGCCAGCCCAGUCCCUCCAUUUCCCCAGCUGUGUUGGGUGGGAUUCCAGGGCUGGCUCCUGGGCAGGUCCUUGUCACCCUUGGUGGCUGCAGGGCCACCUCUGAAAUGGUUGGGGUGGUGGGACGCAGCGGCCCCACAGCUGGGUGCCGUGGUGGGUGUGGGGCCAUGGUCCCCAGGGAGGGUCGGGGCUUGGCACCCGCAGUGCCACCACUGUGCCACCACCCCAGGGAGCUUGCCAGCUGGCUUUCUCUGCAAAUAAAGAGGCCGAGUGUGGCGCCGCGGGGAGCGGCUGAUGGCUCCAGGCUCUUUCCACGCCAGCACGGGGCCUGGGAAAGAUGAUGCCCGCUCUCACGGAGGGGAAAAACCCACCAUCACCCCAAAAAGCCUCCGUGCCCAGGAUGAGCCCUGUCUGCUGCGCCUGAGGAGCCAGAGCCAUGCUGCGCCGCCCCACCUGGGGCACAGGGCUUCUUCCAACCUUCCCUGCAUACCAGGACACGCUCUGCUGUGCCAGCCCAUGCCUGGGUGCAGUCCCCCCCAUCCCCCCCGUCCCCCCACCCCAGCCACAGACUGUUUUAGGGCUGGGCAGGGUCGGGGAGGAAAGUAAACGGCUGCCAGCAGGUUAGACCCGUUCCUGGGUAAACAUGGGAGAGGCACUGAUGCCACCACUGUCAUUGUGCCCAGGCACGAGCGGGGACACGUAGAAGUCCCCAUCAGUCUGGGGGGGCCCCAUCAGUCUGGGGAGGCUGCCCCCCAGCCCAGGUGUGUUUCUGGUGGUGGGUGGCCCUGCGGGGCUGGGUGGGACAAAGCUGGUCGGAGGAGGCUUGAUGCUGGGCUGGUGGAGCUAAAGCAGCCCCCGGGGUGUCCCCCAGAUGCCAGGGUUGGGGGGUAGGUGUGUGGAGGGGACCCCCAGGCUGCCGGCAAGGUGCUGGCUUGCUUUCCUCCAGCGACAUGAGCUCACUCGCCCGGUCAGCCUGGGGUGAUAAGGAUCUCCCCCUUCCUGAGGCAGGGCUGCCCCACACAAUGGUGUGAACUGCAGCCCUGCCGGCACGGGCAUUGUUUGGAGGCAGAGGAACGGGAAAGAAAAAUAAUAAUAAUAAUAAUUAAAGCCCCCUAAAUA